UCUGCGGGCGGCCGCUUUGGGCCUGGGGAGGUUCCCGGGCCCUCGCAGGGCGGUGGGCCCCGGCCCGGCCCCGGCGAGGUGCUGCUCGGUGCGCCUGGAUGAACACAUUUACUGAUCUUUUGUUACAGAGAGAGAUAUAAUGGCGUCUGGGACAGUAAUUAACGCGACUCCUUCGGGAGGAUCAAGUGAUGUUAGCCUGGAGGAACCAAAGAAGAUGACAAGGGAAGACUGGAGGAAAAAGAAGGAGUUGGAAGAACAGAGAAAACUGGGAAACGCGCCUGCGGAAGUGGAUGAAGAAGGAAAAGAUAUCAAUCCUCACAUUCCUCAGUACAUAUCUUCAGUGCCAUGGUACAUAGAUCCUUCUAAAAGACCCACUCUAAAGCACCAGAGACCUCAGCCAGAGAAGCAGAAACAGUAUAGCUCCUCUGGAGAUUGGUACAAACGAGGAGUUCAAGAGCAUGCUGUAGCAACGAAAUAUCGUAAAGGAGCUUGUGAGAACUGUGGUGCAUUGACACACAAAAAGAAAGACUGCAUGGAGAGACCCAGGAAAGUUGGAGCAAAAUACACCGGCAUGAACAUUGCACCAGAUGAACAUGUGCAGCCUCAGCUGAUGUUUGAUUAUGAUGGAAAACGAGAUCGUUGGAAUGGUUAUAACCCAGAAGAGCACAUGAAGAUUGUAGAGGAAUAUUCCAAAGUUGACUUGGCCAAACGUACGCUGAAAGCCCAGAAGCUUCAGGAGGAGUUAGCAUCAGGAAAGCUGGAGCAAGUGAACUCCCCGAGACACCAAUGGGGAGAAGAGGAACCAAAUUCACAGACAGAAAGAGAUCAUAACAGUGAAGAUGAAGAUGAAGAUAAAUAUGCAGAUGACAUUGAUAUGCCUGGACAGAACUUUGACUCUAAAAGACGUAUCACAGUUCGAAAUUUACGUAUUCGUGAAGAUAUUGCAAAAUACCUCAGGAAUCUAGAUCCAAACUCUGCUUAUUAUGAUCCCAAAACAAGAGCAAUGAGGGAGAACCCAUAUGCCAAUACAGGCAAGAAUCCAGACGAAGUUGGUUAUGCAGGUGACAACUUUGUCCGUUACACUGGAGAUACUAUUUCAAUGGCACAGACUCAGUUGUUUGCUUGGGAGGCUUAUGACAAAGGCUCUGAAGUUCAUCUUCAAGCAGACCCUACAAAAUUAGAGCUACUUUAUAAGUCCUUCAAAGUGAAAAAAGAAGAUUUCAAGGCGCAGCAGAAAGAAAGCAUUCUAGAGAAGUAUGGCGGACAAGAACAUCUAGAUGCCCCACCCCCUGAAUUAUUGUUAGCUCAAACAGAAGAUUACGUGGAGUAUUCUAGGCAUGGAACAGUCAUCAAAGGACAAGAGAAAGCCAUUGCUUGCUCUAAAUAUGAAGAGGAUGUAAAGAUCAACAACCACACAUGCAUUUGGGGUUCAUACUGGAAAGAAGGCAAGUGGGGUUACAAGUGCUGCCACUCGUUUGUCAAGUUCUCUUACUGUACAGGAGAAGCUGGGAAAGAAAUUGCUAAUACUGAAGCAAGCUUACCGGAAGACCAACCCAGGGACGAAGAACACCUGACAAAACCCAAAACUCUGAUGGAGAUCCACCAAGAAAAACAGAAAGACAAGAAGAAGAAGAAACACAAGAAGAGCUCAAAUUCCGAUAGUGAGGGUGAAGAGAAAAAGAAACAAGAAAAACUUAAAAAGGCAUUAAAUGCAGAAGAGGCUCGUCUACUCCAUGUUAAAGAAAUCAUGCAGUUAGAUGAGAGGAAGAGACCAUAUAACAGCGUAUAUGAAACCAGGGAGCCAACAGAGGAGGAAAUGGAAGCCUAUAGAAUGAAACGUCAGAGACCUGAUGAUCCCAUGGCCUCUUUUCUUGGGCAGUAAUCAUGGUGAAAAUCAUUCCAAUACACAAGACUUUUUUCAUGCUUGUUUACAAGUCUCUAGAUGCUCGCUUAACUUCCAUGUGUGUAAUAGAUGCCAGAAAUGGCAGAGAGCGCUUCUUUUCUUGUGCCACAGAAGCUGGUGAAAACUUCUUACAGCAGAUAUAAGCAGUACAAUAUGUACAGCAAUUCUAGAGAGUGUGUGUGUGUAUGCACACACACUAUAUAUACAAAUAAAUAUUUUUUUGUAUAUGCAUAUAAUAUAUUCCCCCACUCAGUAAGUUCUCUACUGGAAGAGAAAGGAUCUGAUAGUGGCUGGAGUUCCAAAUUCCAUGGGCCACCUAAUAUCUGCGUGGAGACAUGACAAGUUCAGUAGAACUGACUAACCAAAAGAAAUGGUCAGCAGGUGUCACUGUUAAUAUAGAGCAAAAAUUGUUGAAAAUAAACUUGAUACAGCUUUUGAAGCCUAACCUUUAUUUCUAAAGAGACUUGCCGGUCACAUGGCUUUGAAAGGAAAAAUAGUUUUUCUUGAUCACUUUGUAAUAAGUAUUUUGGAAAUGUAAAAUGUUGCUUUGUACAGUGUUGGUUAAAUUAUUAUAAAGGCCUUAAAUGCUAUACAGUUUUUGGAAUGAGGAGGUUAGGAGAAGCUGACUCUACAAGGCUUUUAAAUUCUACUUCUGUUGAAAUAAAAACCUGUUUCUUCAUCCAUACUUCCACACUUCCUGUGGUGCUGACAUCACUAUGAUAAGACCACCGACAUUUUGGAUAAGCUACACUUAUCUGUGGUGUUUCUGCAGAUAUUGACAUAUAAAUUUCAGCUGCAAACGUCUGAGUUCUUUGGUGUUCUCUCUGCUGUUUAACAGUAUACAUCUUACCCUUAUAACUUCCAAAAUCCUGUCACGUGGUAUAAUGCUGAGUGUCAAGCUAUAAUACCUUAUGAUAGUGUCAUGCAGCAUCUGCUACAUAUUUGGCAAUGCUAGUCCUUUAAAACUAUGAAGUUUCUACUGUAACUACUAAAAGUUAAAGAAAUGGAUGAAAAACUUGACACCAUUGACAUGGCUUUAGAGUUGGAAGAAUUAAGAAUUUCUUCUGUUGUAGCCUAAAGUGUUUUAUUAAAUAUGGCCUUAUAACCAUGUUAAAUGCAAUUGUAUUAACGAUAGGACAAAGAAAACUCCAUUCUGUAAUCCUAUCCUUUCUUAUAAUGAGUAACCUGGUUAUAAUUCCCAUUUUGAAAAUGGCGAAGGAAGUUAAAGUUACCAGAAGCAAAAAAAAAAAAAAAAAAAGUAUGUUUACCUCUUUCUAUCUGUAAAGCUAAUUUCCUUUUAUUACAUUUUUUUCCUGGUCUGCGUCUUCUGUGAUUAUUUUUGUUAUAAAAAUACUAAGUGUAUCUGAGUGUAAUGCUUUGUGUAUUUAAAAACUUAAUAUCCUCUUAGCUCUUGCAAAAAUAUAACCAACUAGCGUGAUAAAAGAUCUAGGAGUGAUAUUGUUAGUAUAACUAAGUGCCAGAAAGGAAAAAGCUUCAAAUAGUGAAAAUCAGCUUUUGCACAUGUUGUUUUUAUAUUUUCACAAACAACAUGGAUUUAGAGAAUCAGGGGGGGGAAAUACUAGGAACACAAUUUUCCUUCCCUUUUACCAGUGUCUCACUCUUAAGUUUCCACAUCAGCUCAUCUCUUGACCUUUCUUGGUUACGGGUAAUUUCAAAGGGGAAGCUGCUCUUUUGCAACAAGUAAUCACAUACAUGAAACAUACCUUUACUUGUCUUAUGUAUGACUUUAAAGCUGCCUUCUUGUGAUAGUGUGUAUUUAAUUUAGUGUACAGAAAUGCUGACAACAGAAAUUUUGCUUUAGUCUGAAACUAUCUGUGAAAUUCUCAGUGACGAUGGACAUUUUUAGGUUAACUAUUUACAGUACUUUGGAAAUCCUCUGUUGUGAUCUGAACGCAAACUAUCCUCAGAAGAUUUUCUGAAUUAGCUGAUUUUUAACUGUGAACUAUUACCCUUCUAAGGCCUGUGACAUUUGAAGUCCUAGCUAGCAGUACCUAUAGCUACGCAAAUGCUAAUUGUUGUGUUAAUUGGUGACAAGCUCAAUUCGAGGGAAGAAGAUAUGUCAAAGGAAUCCAUCUGAACAGUUCUUUGAGCUGUUUGGAUACAUUUCUAAAAGAAGCGAGAGGCUUAAUUCUUUUUAGGGUAAAUGAGGCAAUUCAGAAAUUACACUGAAAAGAGCAAUUUGGAAUGAGGAACAAAUAACUCCAAUCUUGGCAGCCUGUAAGUUCAGAUUUAAACUCUGUUGAUUAUUUUUCUUCUGUGCAAGAGAAAAAUUGGGAGAUUUGAAGAUAUGUUUAUUUUAGAAGCCCAUUGAGCAUGUUCUGUGCUAUUAAACUGUCAGUUCAAAAGCCAGAUCAAAAAAAUCAUUAUAGGAAGAUACGUUUUUUACAAAUAAACAUA